AUGUGGUCAACUGGCACCCGAUACCAAGUCGCCUUUCCGAAGACACCAAUGCGACUAUCACUGCUGCUCCUUCCACUCCUCUGUCAACUAUGUCUUUGUGACGAUGCCACACAGUUGUGCGGAUCUUUGGAAGCACAAACCAGCUGUGGCCAAUGCAUCAAACAACAUCCGGAAUGCGCAUGGUGUCGGGAUCCUCACAGCACCGAGCAAAAGCGAUGUCAAGUAAGAUCGGCAUUCAAGACGGAGACGUGCAAUCCGUCCUAUGUCUAUUCACCGGUCACUGAAAUUCGAAUUGGACCACAUAAUAUGCCGCUCGGUUCACCAGGAUCCGGAAAGUCGAUUGUUCAACUCGAGCCACAGCAGAAUAUGCCGCUCGGUUCACCAGGAUCCGGAAAGUCGAUUGUUCAACUCGAGCCACAGCAGGUCGUCCUUCGAAUGAAACCAGGAGACACAUUGAUUGUGCCGUACAAGUACUUGCAUCGCAAGCCACCUGCUGGUUACGAUGUCAAAGAUUUCCUGGUCCAAACGAGCGAGUAUAAGAAACUCGGUAUCAACCUGCAGUUCUUGGUCGAUUGUAAUGGAAAAGAGACCGAAACCAAGCAGUGUAGCGCUAUCAAGGAAGGUCAAAAAAUCAAUUUCAAAAUCAAGGUGACCCUGAUGGACUGUCGUGACGGCGCCGACGUUGCCAUUUCCGUCGGGGUGUACGGCUACACGACCGUCUCUGCUCUUUACAUCACGCCGCUUUGCGGGUGUGAAUGCGAGAAGCCUAGCCAGCAGGAGAAGAAUUCACCACUGUGCCACCAACAUGGCAAUCUCAUCUGUGGCCAAUGUGUUUGCGAAUCGACUCGAGGAGGUGAUCGAUGUGAAUGUCCAUUGGCGAGCUAUGGGGUGAAGAACGCGCUUGAAUUGGAGGACCGAUGCCGAGAAAAGCCCGGUGCACCUAUAUGUUCCGGCAAAGGUUUGUGCAGAUGCGGGCAAUGCCAAUGCAACUUGCAAACGAUCAGCGGUCGCUUCUGUCAGUGUGACCAUUUGUCGUGUCCUACUGGAGCAGAUGGACGGCAGUGCAGCGGAAACGGUGUGUGCGAAUGUGGAACGUGCAGAUGUGAAGAAGGAUGGGAACGAGAUGACUGCUCGUGUAGUACAGACAAAGGCACGUGCAUGGAAGGCGGAACCGAAUGCUCUGGCAAUGGUCACUGUGAAUGUGGAAAAUGCGUCUGCGAUGAAGGCUUUAAUGGAGCCACUUGUGGCAUAGCUGACGAGGUUGUGACCGCUGCACCAACGGAACCGGAGGAAGCCAUCGAAGAGGAGCCGACGGAAACUGCGGAGGCUGAUCUUAAAGAGGACGAGAUGGCCGAAGCUGACGACAAAAUCGACGCCGGAGCAGCUGAUGAUACGAUUCCGGAAGCGACCGAGAGUGACUAUUCAGCGCCUGAGCCUGGCACCCCCGAAGAGGCGAAAUCUUCAGCGCCAGCUGUUCUCGUGUCACUCGUUUUUGUUAGCAUUGCAUCUAUGCUCAUCUAG